AUGAGGAAACAGAACACCAUUCCGUCUCAUCUACAUCUUCUUAUGCUUCUUCUUGGAUGUUUGUACAAUGGAGAACUCUGCAUGAGUUGCAGUGAGAGUGAGAGAUUGGCACUUGUCAAGUUCAAAGCAGGUCUUCAAGAUCCUCACCAACUUCUAUCUUCAUGGGAAGGUGAUGACUGCUGUACAUGGACAGGAGUUCAUUGUGACAAUGAAACUUGGCAUGUUGUCAGCUUGGAUCUUCAGUAUCACCAUCUUUAUCAUGGCGUUAGCAAUGGUGGAAGACUCAGUGGUGAGAUUAAUCCUUCUUUGCUUUCUUUGAAGCAUUUGAAUCACUUGGACUUGAGUUCUAAUCAUUUCAAGGGAACAGAGAUUCCCAGUUUCAUUGGUUCACUCACUGGUUUGAGUUAUCUGAAUCUCUCUAAUGCUGGUUUCAUUGGGAGGGUUCCUCCUCAGCUCGGUAAUCUCACAAGCUUGAUUUAUCUUGAUCUCAAUUCAUUCUAUUCUAUGCAUGAUUUGCAUGUUGAUGAUAAUUUUCAAUGGCUUUCUUUCCUUUCUUCUCUGCAAUAUCUUGACAUGAGUGGAGUUAAUCUUGCUAAGAUUUCUUCUGAUAAUUUGUUUCAUGCUGUUAACAUGCUGCCUGCUCUUUCUGUUUUGAUUCUUCCAAACUGCCACCUUCACUGGCCACAGCCUUCCUCUUCUUCUUCUUCCUCUUCUUCUCCAUAUCUCAAUCUUAGUAAUUCUUUGACUACUAUUGAUCUCAGCAACAAUCAAAUCAACUCCACAUUCCCUCUCUGGCUAACUAAUUCCAGCAGACUUGUUCAUCUUGAUCUCUGGUUCAAUCACUUCCAUGGGAGUGAUACCUGA